AUGGCUGCCGCUUCUAUGCCAACAGACACGGGGCGACCCGCCGAGAGCGAAGCAAUAGUGGUGGAUGGGAAAGACGAUGGCUUCGUCGAUAUCUCUGCAUCCGAGUCCGACGAACAGGAACUGCUGGCAUCGGAGAUGAAACAGGCAGAGCUUUCUCACCCGUGCCCGCGAUCUUUCACAUCCCCCGCCCGCCCAUCAAAGAAUCACACCGUAUCUCACAAGCAGCUCGGGAAGCUGCCUGCCCCCUAUCUCAUCGCGGAUGCGAGUCGGCCAUGGUUCCUCUUCUGGUCCCUGAACGGCUUGGCUCUGCUCGGCGAGGACGUUUCCAUGUACAGGCAGCAGCUCAUCGAUACGGCGAGGGCCAUGCAGAACCCAAAUGGUGGCUUCGGUGGCGGCCACGGGCAAGUGUCGCAUCUCGCCACCACCUUUGCGCUGAUCCUCUCGAUCGCCAUCGUCGGCGGCGAGGAUCUCUACGAAGUCAUCGACCGGAAAGCCAUGUGGAAGUGGUUGUGUUCCCUCAAACAGCCCGACGGCGGCGUGCAGAUGGCGUAUGGCGGUGAAGUCGACGUGAGGGGUGCCUAUUGUACCACCGUCAUCGCUGGCCUCCUGAACAUGCCCCUCGAACUGUCGCCCGACUCCCCGGCCUACACCCCCGACGGCAAGACCACCCUCUUCACCGGCCUAGCCGAGUACGUCCGUAGAUGCCAGACCUUUGAAGGCGGCCUCGGAGGCAAGCCAGACACGGAAGCACACGGAGCAUACACAUUCUGUGCCCUGGGCUGUCUCGCCAUACUUGACGCCCCGCACCGAAUCAUCCCAAAGUACCUCGACGUGCCACGACUUAUCUCCUGGCUCUCCUCGCGCCAGUACGCCCCCGAGGGCGGCUUCAGUGGUCGGACGAACAAGCUCGUCGAUGGUUGCUACAGCCACUGGGUCGGCGGCUGCUGGCCCCUCGUCGAUGCCGCACUGAACGGCGCCAGCGAGCUUGACGAAAACGUCGGUGACGAUGAGGGGGACUGCCAGCUAACACACGAUUGGGACAUGACAUACGUCGGCGAAGACGACACCAUUCUGGCGGAACCCAGGUGGAGGGUUAGGCCCCGCACAGGUGCCGAUCAGGUGUUCGACGAGGAGGACCGCGUCGCCACGAUCCACCCCGCGUACACGAUUCCCGAGCAGAAGGCGUAUGCCAUGAAGGCCUACUUUGCGGCCAAGACAGGGUUCUAG